CCUUCUCCUCCUCUUCUUUCAACUCUAACACCACCACAACAACAAACACCACCCUCAUCCCACUGCAGUAGACCAUGUUCAGCAGGAGGAGUCCAACUACGCAUCAAAAAGAGACGCAGUGAGCCGGCGUCUCGUCCUCACUCAUGGCAUUCGACAAAGCUGGGUGAAGGUCAGCAGCAGUCGGACCGGGGCGGGACGGACACGAUGAGCAGUGCCUGGCACCACAACUACCAUGCUAGUGCCUCGACCACCGACCUGUCCGGCGGGUUUGACUCUAGCGGCAGCUACCUGAGGAAAAGUCCGGACCAGUACAGUUCAAGGGGCAGCAUGGAGAGCCUGGACCCUCCUCAGUCCUCCCACCUUAACUCCGGAGCUCAGAACCACCACCCAUUGGGCCACCACACCCACAGCGGAUCCCACCCAGCCUACUCCUCCUGCCACCAGCUGUCCUCUGCCAGGUCCUCCAACAGCAUCGACCACCUCCACAGCAAACGAGACUCUGCCUACUCCUCCUUCUCUACCAGCUCCAGUAUCCCAGAGUGCCUCGCCUCCACCCCUUUCUUCAGCCCAGAGCGCUCUUAUUCGCUUGAGACCGUCCCUCAGAGAGAAGAAGGAAGUGGAGAGAAGCAGCAAGCUGACAUAUGUGACAUCCGGACGGUUUGCGAUGCCCAGAAGGGCCUAUCCCAUGAUCAAGAGCUCAGCUCCACCUCCGCCGCAUUGCUGCGCAACAGCGAUUCUAAUAGCGAUGGAGGGGUGAGGCCGAGGCAAAGCCAAGACCUACAAGGUUCAGUAAGUGGGAUCUGUUACCGUGGCAGUAGCAGUGGCAGCAGCAGCAGCAGUAGUGGUAGCAGUAGUGGUGGUGUACCCGCAUCAAACAGACACAGUGUGGGUCCAAUAUGGUGCCCGGCAGCCAGUCGCAGCUCCUAUGAGAGCCUGAAGGGGGCGCCGGCUCCACCGAGACGCAGUGACAGCUACGCAGCCAUCAGGAACCACGAGAGACCAAACUCCUGGUCCAGUCUGGAGCACGCCCGGUCUCUACGGUCUCUGCACAAAGGUUCCUGGCAUCACUCCAGUGGCCCUGUGGCCUCAGCUAAAGGCUCGUACGGUGCUGAGGGUCAGCUCCACACAGUGAUAGAGAAGAGUCCAGAGAGCAGCCCCACCACAAAGCCUCGACAGGGUGGUUGCUUUCCCCAGCCCCCUUCCUUUGCUGGACCUUCCUCUGGACCUGCAGGCCCCAUCCCUCAGUCUGGCCAGCUCAUUAUGCCAAUGGGCAUGUACACCGUCCCCCAGCUUGAGCCCCACUACCCACAGAUGUCCAGCACCAGCCACGGGCCGGGCUCCUUGGGAGUUUUCCCCACCCUGGCCAAGGAAAGCAGCCGACAGCAGCAGCAGCUGCAGGACGUUGAAGGGAGAGAGGAAGGAGCAACAGAGAAGCAGAGGGAUGGAAGGAUGUCAACUACAGAAAAUGGAUACCAAAACAACAUUUCUUCACUAUACCCCUAUUCCACUUCUUCACAAUCUGCCUCUUCACAGCUCAGAACUCAAGCACACAAGGCAGACAGGCCUCAACAGGAAGAGUCUAACUCUGAACUCUACAGACCCAACAUGAAAACAGCUGGAGAGGGAUCAAAGGACCAGACAGGAGACCACAGGCCCCCAAAUCACCAGGGAUCUCAAGGUCAGAGAUUCCAAGGGUCCAAUAUUCAUACAAGCCAGAGACCUCACAGCCAAGUGUUCCAGGAACAGAAGCAGGAUUUCCAUAUUCCCAACAUCCAAUCUACUGCUAGAUCCAGCCCCCCAUCCUCACAAGAACGGAGGGACCCCUGCAUACCUGUCAUGUCCAGGGGAGACCGGAGCAGAUCAAUGGACCAGACCAGCACUCAUUCAGAGCCAGUGACAUCCUCCAGGCUCACACAGGGACAAGUGCUCCAUUCCCACUUACCUGUUCACCCUCAGCUUCAGGCCCUACACCCCUCCAUCUCCCAGCCUUCUCCCUGUCACCUCAGUAACUCAGCAGCUCUGCAGUAUCAACACUGGGAUCACAUAGAGCAGGACAAAGACAGAGAACACCCACUGACCCAUCUAGAGAUUGCCCUUGCUGAGGUCCAGCGAUGCUCCAGCCCCAACAGUGUCGUCUCUGCAGGUAGCCAUGGUAACAGUAGCUUUGGCGAUGUCAGCCAUGGACCUGUCCGCAGCCUCUCUGUCCUGGAGAAGGUCAUUCGUUUUGAGCAGCAGGAACGCACCGGAAAGCAGCGCAGUCACAGCACCACCAACGCACAAGACAAAGCCACCCAUCUUAGGAUAACUGAGAAAGGCCGGAGCUCCCCCUGUGGAGCAGAUGACCUCAGAAAUAUGCUGCAGAGAAGCACCAGCGGGAACAAAGCCCACAGGACUAUGAGCUACAGAGGAGGCAGCAGUGAACACAUGAAAUACAGGACCCUAGCAGAUCCCAGUUCAGCCCUCCAGAGGAGCCGCAGCACCUUCCAGCUGGAUGAAUCCAGGGAGGUUAACAGCAGUAAAGACUUCCCCCGGACACAGGACAUCCAAGAGAUACUGGGCUCCAUGUUGGACACGUCCUUCAACAGAUCUUACAGGGACUCCUUGAAAGACGCCCAGUCUAAGGUCCUGCGGUCUACCUCUUUCAAACGAAGAGACCUCAGCUCCUCAAUCAGCUCUCCGCCUCUCGCAGCUACUCCUCCCAUUUCCUCCUCCAGCAGCCAUCAGACUCGACAUGUCCCUGCCAAGCACCACUUGCUGGAGAAGAAAGGUCCAAAAACCAUGCCCAAACCCCAGGGCAUCGUCAUUGUACCACAAUUUCCACCACCGGGCACUUCCCUUCACACCCCAAAGGAGCGGCAUGUGGUCAGCCCUGACACUCGAGGCCCAAGCCCCCCAGCCCUCCCCAAUGUCCCGCCAGUUGGACCUCCUGCUCUGAUGCGGAUCUGUGGCCGCAAGCGUCUGACUGUGGACCACAAGAAGCGAUCAUACUCAGAGCCAGAGAACAUGAACGAGGUUGGGGUGUCAGAUGCAGAAACUGCUGCCCUCUUCAGGCGUGGAGGAGAUACCAGCGUGGCAGACCGGAGGAAGAUGUUUGAACGUGUCGGGGGCGGGACUCAAAAUACUACAUCAAGGCCCGACUUGCGGCAGCUUCAGCAUGACGCUCUGGCUGAUUACGUGGAGAGGAAGAGAAGCGUGAAAAGAGACAAGGGAGGACAGAGGAGUGGACUGAGGCCCUGUAGUGCUUAUUUACAGCCUGAAAACAGCAACUAUACUGUCUCUUCCUGUCACUCAGACACCCUCAGCCUCUCCCCUGCCUCCAGCCUGCUCUCCCUCCAGGACUAUGGUGCAGAUCGAAGCUCCUCCACCCUUCCUCCUGAAGCCGACCUGUGGAGCCUUCAGUCCAACUUCUUCUACCCAGGCAGGGUGACUAUUCCAAGGGCUCCAUCGCACUCACCAUCUGGUGCUCCUUCUGGCUCCAUCCCUGAGCCCCAGGCCCAGGUCCUGCAGGAUAUCUACCCUGAAACAGCGCUCAGGAGAAAGAGUCUGUCCUCCAGCAAAGACUUGCAGCAGCUGGCCACAGAGACUCAACUCCACCUGGGACUGUCCAAGCAGCUCAACGGGGCUCUGCAGAGGGCAGGGUCAGCUUGGGGUUCCGGGAAGUCAGCUUCUGCAGAGGAUCUCCUAGAGAGAUCUGAGGAGAGACAAAUGACUCCUCAACACUACCGCUCCCGCUCCUCCCCCACAGCAGAGAGACUUAACCAGGACUUUCCUCCAGGUGACGUCAGGAUGUUUGGGGUCUUCAUUUCUGAACUUGGGCGUCACUCUCUGGCUGAGGACAGACCUGAAGAAGUCCAACUAUCAGACGGGUUUAUCUCUCUUCAACACUCCCAAAACAGUCUGAACUCCGUCCAGCCUGCGGGACCUUCGCAAGACCCAGGCUCCUCCCACACUCCUGUCACUAGGGAGCGACAGAAGAACAGUGAGCGGCAGCGAGCCCACAGCACCUCAACUUUGGCAGCCUCCGUUGGCCUGCCCUCUCCCCUCUCUCCACUGCACAGUGCUGAGUGGCAUGCUAGCGAGAGGCUGAGCCAAGCCAACUUGGAUGCCAUCACCUUCCCAGGCAUCCCGCAACCCAGCACAGGUGAUGGUGAUGGCAGUAACACUACUGGCUUCAAUGAAACCCUGGUGAUGGACAGACAGACAAGACACAGUUUGAGUGACGCCAGCAUAUUAGAAGACACUGCAAAGGACAUGUAUAGAGGAAGAGCUUUCAGUUUAGAGAUGAGAGCAGGUUAUUCUGCAGAAAACAGUAAACAAGUUUUGCCCCAUUUCCAGUUUACAUCCCCACCAAACACGACGGACAGUGGAAACAUCAUGUCAUCUCCUCCCCCAUCCUCCCAUUCGUCCAUUCCCCAACACCUGUUCUCACUGCGGAUCUCAGAGUCCAGCCUCUUCAGCUCUAUCGACCAGCAGCAACUACUAGAAUCCUCCACAGGCCAAUCGCAGAAGAACUUUGAUGAGGUCUUCCUCCAAAAUCCUGCCUCUCCGUCACCUCCUCUGCCAAUCAAAGAGACUAGCAUCUUGGAGGACUUUCCUCCUCCUCCUCCCCUGGAGUUAGAGCAGGAAGCUGGACACCAGACUGUGGAAAGUCCUACCAUGGAGUUCCUAAACAACUCCAUCAUUACUACCAGGAAGUUAUCCCUGCACUCCCCUUCAAUGUCACCUUCCUCCUCCGUAUUUCCUUUGCCUUGGCCCAUCCUUCUUCCAACCCAGAAGCCACAGCCCUCCACCAUCACCUCCAUCACCACAUCCACUACAACCAAGGACAGCCUAAGUCUAGAGUACCAGCCCCUGCCCAAGAGGGAAAAGACAUCCGAUGAGCUACGAGUGGAGGCGCUGGCCCUUCAGCUGGUGUUGCAGGACCGGUCUCUGUUGCCCAUCCUGGAAACGUGGGGGGGUAAAUCCACUGUAGAGCUUAUGGAGGAGACUUUUCCAAACAGCAGAUUGGUUGAUAAAUCACCAUGGCAACGCAGGGGCAGUAGCAGAUUGGAUGACAGGGUCCAAGAUGGCGUUUGUGAUCCUGCUCAGUGCACGGCAACGGAUCCAGGGAAAGAGACAGAUCUGGAUGAGGAUGAGAAAGACCUAAACACCAAGAAGGUGGAGCUGUGUGAGGCUCUUAGGCGCAGCGUGGUGACUCUGCAGCAGGAGAAGGAGGUGCUGUGUGAGGAGCAGAGAUGUCACCAGGCGCUGGGGGCGAGCAUUGAAACAUUGGUGCAGGAACGCCUCAAAACCAACGAGAGGGACAAGUACAGCAUGUUCAUCGGAGAUCUGGAGAAGAUCGUGAACCUGCUGCUGUCUCUGUGCAGCCGGCUGUCGAGGAUCGACAGAUCUCUGCUCGCUCUAGAGAGAGAGGAGCUGAUGCAGGAGGACACGGCAGACGAGAGGGACUGCCUCCAUCACAAACGCUCUCUGCUCCUUAGUCAAACCGAAGACGCUCGGGAACUGAAGGAGAACCUGGACCGGCGGCAGCGUGUGGUCCACGCCAUUGUGUCUGGAUAUUUCACCAAACUGCAGCUCCAGGACUACCGCCACUUUGUCAGCACCAAACCCUCCCUUCUGAUCCGCCAACGGCACCUCGACGACCUCAUACGGCAGGGAGAGGAGAAGCUGACACAAUUGGCCGAGAGCCUGCCACACGAGCUGGCGGAGGCUCGCGGUUGGUCGAGAGGGUGUCUGUUCUCGUCAUCAAGCCUCGCCCACUGUUCUUCUCCGUUUCAACCACUCCUUCCACCCUCUUUGCUUCCAGGCCCCGCCCACUUAGUCAGGUCCACAACUGUGACAUCAUUGUGAAGUCACGGAAAUGGAUGGGAAAUGAAGAAGAGACAAUUGGCUCCCUAAAAACUCACCCCGAGCUCGAGUUAUGUUCUAAAUUGAAGGAGCUUUACAUGGAGGAAGAGUAAACAACUAUGCAGACUCUACACAUGAAGAAGAAAAGCCUUGUGCCUCAUUCUAUUCACACGUGACUGUACGUUACAUCUCCUUUCACUUAAAAAUCUGCAACCAACGCUGUGUGGACUAAACCGACUGCUGCCAAUAUUUCUAAUGAUCCUCUGCUCUGAAAGGAGAUAAUAACCACCAGGCGUUUUUAGGUUGGAAACUCAUUGUGCAAAUACUUCAAAGGUCAAUUCCAGUGUUGGCUCAUGUUCGAAAUACUUAAUAUUUUUGUCUCAAUAUCUAAAUAUUCUACACAUCCCUCUCAGUAAAGACGAGAGCAGAGAUUUAAAGCUGUAAAUGUGAAGUUCAGCUUCAAUGUAUGUUCCAUUCUCCAGUUAGUUUAGAAGGCCAGACGACCUCCAUGCGCUCAACGGUUGCUUCGGCCCUGCAUUCACCAAUAACAUGAGAACUCUUUACGGAAACCCUGAAGGCAAGUGAUACAUUUCUCAUGAUCCAUUUUCUAAGUCUGAUCUAAAUAGUUUUUCCUCUACUGUGACUUAAGAACUUGUGAAAAAAAGGUUUAACCAGGAUAAUAUUUCUAAUCUGUGAAACAGGUGAGAAAAAAAGUUUUGUCUGGUUAUAGAGUUAGAGUUAACUCUAUAGAGUUAUAGUUUUUUCGUCCAUUAGGUGAGUUUUAAAUUCCUUAAGUUAUGUAACAUUAAUGCCUAUUGUAGCCAAAAUGAGUAUUACAACAACAAACACUAAAAAUUAUCCUGAAUAAAUAGCGUUUUUCCAAAACUGUUUUCACAGAUGAAAAAGUGACUUGAUCCAGGAAAACCUUUUUAUUUUUCACUUGGCAAAACCUUUUUUUCUAUCCUGUUACACAGAUGAUUUCUUUUCUUUUUUUAUUUAAUAAGGAAAGAUUAUUUUCGAAAAACUUUUUUUUUCCUCUGUGAGAUAAUAAUUUAGAUCAGACUUGAAUCACCAUAAAUGUAAAAGGAUAGAAAUGUAAUCUUACAAAUGAAAGAAAAGUCCUGCUCACUCUGGAAUUGUCCUUAAACAACCCUGACGGUGCUUUCAGGAACCUCAAACAUUCAGACGCUCAUCCAGGAACUAUUCAUUUCUGCUGACAAGAUGAAGUGAGCUACUGCUUUUAUCUCCAAAAGACAAAAUAAUAUCUUUAGAAUAAGAUAUAAUUUUGUCCUCUUGUCAAACUUUCAAAGAUUUUACAAGAUCAGCUAAGCUUCCGCACAUACACAGGCAACUUACAAAAGUGAAUUACCCCAAAAUUGGAUGGGCACUAUUUUUAUUUUACUGCUACGAAAAGAAUCAAUCAUCAGUUAACUCUUAGAAACUGAGUGAGUAUAUCCUGAAGGCUAACUGUUGUGAUCACUGUCACAUGAUGCUGUAACACUGCUACUGUCACUGUCUGUAUGUCUGGAGCUUGUAGCACUUUUUACUGAAGCAGCUUGAUUACUGUUGCUGCAGAACUUACACUGAAUGAUAAACAUUGUUCUACUUGUGCCUCUUUAAACAUUGAUUUGAUAAAACACUUCAAAUGGUCAAAAAUGGAGUUUAGAUUCUAAAGAUGUCCACGGCAUGAGUUGUUUGCAGACAUCAACACGGUUUAAUUUGGAAUUUUAUGUUUUCAAUUAUUUUUUCUUCCCUGUUAAAAGUUACAACAUUUACAAGGGACUGCAACCAUUACCUUAACUUCUGAAUAAUCUCAUUCAGUUUCUGAUAAAUCGAUUAGAUAUUUAGUCCUUAAAAUAUCAAGAGAAUGCCACAAUUUACUAUACCAACAAAUAUUUAAUUUAUAAUGAUAUGAAACACAGAAAAGAAGCAACAAUUAAACAAUCAUUGAAAUUGCUGAUAAAUGUCCUGUCAAUCACCUAAAUCAUUAAACUGACUGGUUGUGUUUAUGGUUCAAUUCCUCGCUCAGUUUUGAAUGCAUAUCAAGUUUUCCAGGUUCUAACAAACUUAGUUUCCCAGUAAGUAGCUGUCUCACACAAUGAUUUGAUCUGACUUUGAACAGCUGCUGAAACCUACCAUACAUGAAGGAUAAAACCUUGUUUUAAAUUGUAUUUUAACAGUCCUCUUGUAGGGUGUCUGUGAAAUAAAACAGCGUUUAUUUCUCUA